AUGAAAUCUGCGUUUCGAAACGGUUACUUCUUCACACUCUCUCGCUCCUUAAACCCUAACAUUCCCUCCACUCUCUUCGCUCUCCAUCUUAUCCCUCCUCACUCACCUCCCUCCAUCUCAUCGCCACCGUUCCGCUCCGUAUCUCCAAUCGCCUUCAUGGCCGGCGGUGAGCCCCACGCGCUCCCACCACUGGAGAAGCAGUUCGAGGACUUCCGCGCUCAGCUAGAAGAGUCCGGAACACUUCGCGACCGCAUUCGAGCGGUGGUGAUGGAGAUCGAGUCCACCACUAGGCUUAUUCACUCCGGCCUGCUCUUGGUUCACCAGUCGCGCUCAACGCCCGAGGUUUUGGAGAAGCCGAAGACUCAAAUUUCUGUGCUGAAGGAGCUCUACAAUCGACUCGCUGAAAUUGUGCGUGAAAGCCCCGGGAGAUAUUACAGAUAUCAUGGUGAUUGGAAGAGCGAGACGCAGACCGUGGUUUCGCUGCUUGCUUUUAUGCAUUGGUUAGAGACAGGGACGCUUUUGUUGCACACUGAAGCUGAGGAAACACUUGGGUUGAACGGCUCAGAAUUUGGUCUCGAUGUUGAAGACUAUCUUGUUGGUAUUUGUUUCAUGUCCAAUGAAUUGCCUAGGUAUGUGGUUAACCAAGUGACAGCUGGGGACUAUGAUUGCCCAAGAAAGGUGAUGAAGUUUUUGACAGAUCUCCAUGCAUCCUUCCGUCUGCUCAAUCUUCGAAAUGACUUUCUGCGCAAGAAAUUUGAUGGUAUGAAGUAUGAUCUAAGAAGAGUUGAAGAGGUUUACUAUGAUGUAAAGAUCCGAGGCUUGGCAGCCAAUGGUGAUUCUGUGGAAAAGCCAGCAGCAUAAGGACAACCAUAGAGUGCAAAAGUAGUACACUUCCUCUUUGUUCAUCUUGAUUGUUACAUAUUCUAGUGUCCUGCUUUUCUAGAGAAGCAGAUGAGCUCUCUAGUGUUUUGUGUCAAAGACUCAGGAAUUGUAAUUGAUCAAGCUACAGUUCUGCUUGUAACUUCACUGCAGAAUGGAAGAUGGUGAAACUAGAUAGGUUAUCCUUAGGCUUUUAUAUGUAAUUCCGAAACAUGGUUGAGGAAGAAUGAAAGUCUAGAUUCGAGAUUCCAUCUC